AUGAAUCCACACACGCUCGAUGUACGGGACAUCGACCCUGGGUCGAGACAGGCUACGGUAUUUGGGGUCGGGAUUGGAUUUAUGGCUUUCAUUACUGUUGUUUUGAGUCUUCGAGUGUAUGCACGUGCGGUGAUUCUGCGUGCGAUGGGUGUGGAUGAUGUAUUCAUAGUGAUUGGAACGACUCUCACUUUUGGACUAUCAAUCUCGUCAAUAAUUGCGGCCUACUAUGGGGUUGGCAGACACAUCGAUGAUAUUCCCGAGAACGAUUUUACUCCCAUGCUGAAGGCCAUAUGGGCCACUCGAAUUGUCUAUAUAACCGGCCUCCUAUUCAUUCGGCUCUCCCUGCUAUGGUUCUAUCUUCGCCUUGACCAACGUCCUCUAAUGAGUUGGUCCGUCUAUCUACUCAUUUUCAUCAACGUCGGCCUCUCCGUCUCGAGUGUCAUCGUCACUCUCGCUUCAUGCACGCCGCCUUCGAAGUUUUGGAACCUGAGCGGAACUUCACCGGGUAAAUGCAUGGACCCGGAUGCGCAGCAAAUAUUCUAUGAGGCAAACGGUAUUCUGAAUAUCAUCUUGGACAUUCUUAUUUAUAUUGUUCCCAUGCCGACCUUGUGGGGUGUGAAGAUAUCGAAUCGUAGGAAGGGCGCUCUAUUCGGCAUCUUUGGUCUAGGGAUUCUUUCCAUUGCAGCCGGUUGCGUGCGAUACGACUUCGUCAAAAAGCUUGCCCACAACAAAGACCAGUACUACUACCUCGCCGAUUCGCUUAAUUGGUGCAGUAUCGAAUGCUACGUUGCCAUAUUCUGCGGCUCCGCGCCCGCCCUUCAAGUCAUCAUUAAGACCUACGCACCCCGCGUUCUCGGGACUUCCAACGCCCAGAAAUACGAUAGCCAGAGAAACACCCCCGGACAAAGGUAUUCGAACCGCAUGAGCACAAUGUACAAGAUGAGUCGCCAUCGACGACUAGAGACCGAUCACGGAGGCAGCCAGGAUGCGAUUGUCUCCGCCGGGGCGCCGGGGAAUGGGAUCGUGAUGAAGACGGACAUCAGAAUGGAGGUUACGGAUCCGGACUCCGAUGAGGGAAAGAGAAUGGAUACGGGCUUUCGUGUAGAUUUUGGGCGAUAA